CUUCUCUCUCUCUGUCUCUCUCUCUCUCUCGUAUCCAUUUCUGGUCAGAAAUCUAACAUACAUACCCAUGUUUAUAUGGUAGCUUCAUUAUUUUCAUGUUGGUUUUUCCUUAUUGUUUCUAACACCUUAACAUAGAUCUGCUUUUCUUAACACUAGCUACUUUCUCGGAUCGAUUAAGCUUCUCGUCUUGUCUUGUCUAUGAUUGUAUAAAAUUUUCUGAAACUUCUUGAUCUUUGUUUGUACGUUCUCAAAUCAAUCUCGAAGAACGGAUUAGUUUUCCACUGGUACAGGUUUUAAUUUUUUGUAGCUUAUUUUUCCUAACAAGUUUAAGGCUGUCGAUCGUGUUAUUAUAAGAUUGACGCCACUUUUUCUCUACUUUUUUUCUGGUUCAAAUUAUUGAAACUCUCUUUAUUUUUUUUUGUCUGUAAAACUAAAAUAUCGAUCUGAGUAUGGAUGCAGUUGUGGCACCGUAUUCAUCACCGGACCAAUCAAUCUUUUCCUGCAGCUCUAAGCAAAUCAGAACGCCAAGGAAAAACUCUCGCGCUUUCAUUUCGAAAUCCUCAGAAAAUCUUGCACCAGCGAACAUCAUCCAUGGCGGCAUCUUGCACCAGCAGUACCCUCAUCCCAAACCUUCUCUCUCAUCUUCCUACCCCCCCGCCUCGGUCUCAAUCUUCAACCACCAUCCAUAUCAGCGGCAGCAGCAGCAACAACCGCCUCUCCUUCCUCUACCUGUCCCCAUAACCCACCACUCUCUCCCUUCUCGAACCCGAGGCUUCUCCUCUCCUCCUUCUGCCCGAAAACCCAACAAACGCAGAGAUCAGUCCCUCACGCCGAAGAAACCAAAACCCACGAAAAGAGAAGAUCCGAUUAAGCACGAUUUGGCAACAACUAGGCAAGCUAUUUCCGAGAGCUUGAUCAUCGCUUCCACCAAGAGGUUGGGGCCUGAACCAAAUGAUCUACCCAAGGAUGUUUCUCGAGUUUUGGGUAAGAGUCUUGGUGCGGUUGGCAUAGAAGAGCUAGAAGAGUUUUCGGGUACAGUGUUUAGUCUAGCUCCACCUCCGAGUAGCUUGCCGCUGCCCAAGUUUAGUUUGAGGCCGAAGCUUUGUUGCAACGUUGAGGCUGUCGGGAUCGAUGCCGGAGCGACGGAUAAUCUCCGGAGAUUGUUACGCCUCCCUUGAAGCUGUAUGGGUGAAGAUGGAUUAAUUUGUCGUUUGCUCGUGUAAAUAAAAAUAUCAGUGAGUGCAGCUUUGCUUAAUAUGCUUAUUGUGUUGUAAUAAUCCUUUUCUGUUUCUGUUUUCGUUUUCGUUUUCAUGAAAUUUGUGAUCACCACCUGUGUUUUUGUUUGGGGUGCACAAAUGCGACGAAUAUUAGGAUCGGGAGCUUGGAAUUAGGAGAUUGCGUAAGAUUGGGUGUAUUUUUUCUGUUUCUUUUCGAGUGUUUUUCUUUCUGGCUUUUUUUUUUUUUAUGUACUCUUUCUUCUUCCUGAAAUGUUUUGUGUACUCUUUCUUCUUUCUGAAAUAAAUUGCGUAGUUUCUCUUCA